AUGUCGGACGUUCACGAUGUGAGCCCCCUCGCCGAGGUCUUGGGACAAGCUCUCUACCAUUUUGACCGCAUGAGGCCACUUCUUCCAACAUAUGGUCACCUCCUUGUUGCCGCUAUUUUCCCUAUUUGGAUCGGCGCACAUGCUUCCCUAUCACGACCUUCCUCCGCCGCAAAACCACCCAAGAAAGACGAAGAUAAAGAAGAUGACACCGAUGACGAAGAUGACGAAGAUGAAGGCACGGUACAAAAAAUGGAGGGCCUGGAGCCAUCGGAUGCCUUGAUGUUUCCUUUGACUGCUGGACUCACUCUUGGUGGCUUGUACUUGGUGAUCAAAUGGCUGGAAGACCCCGCCAUCUUGAACAAGAUCCUUAGCUUCUACUUCUCUCAAAUGGGCCUCUUCUUCGCUGUCGCAUUCCUGAAGGAUAUCCUGUUGAUCUUUCGAUCAAUCAUCUUUCCGAAAUACUAUUCUUCCGGGGGGAGGCUGUGGCGAGUGAACCAAUCUAAGCGCGUUUUCCAAGCCGGUGAUCAAGUUCGACAAUCACCACUCCCUGGCUUCUUUGGAAGGAUCCCGCUUCCAGGAAAAGUUAUGGCUUUGCUUUGGGCCACUCGGAAUGUCUCCUACCAGCGACUGAAGAUGCGUCUUCUCGUUCGAGGUAUCAUUGACGGCAAGGGCCUUGUCGGCCUUCUCGAUCUCUUCAGUGGCAUCUUUGCUCUGGGUGCUGUCGGAUACUUUGCAUUCAUUACCAAACCAUGGUGGUUGACUAACUUCCUUGGGUUCAGUUUCAGCUACGGCGCUUUGCAAUUCAUGUCUCCAUCCACAUUCUGGACUGGUUCUCUGAUUCUCGGAUCCUUGUUUUUCUAUGACAUAUACUUUGUCUUUUUCACACCCCUGAUGGUUACGGUCGCGACGAAGUUGGAUGUGCCCAUCAAGCUGUUGUUCCCUCGACCGGCGGGACCGAAUGAUGACCCUGCUGUUCAAGCCCUGGCAAUGCUGGGACUUGGAGACAUUGCCAUUCCUGGAAUGAUGGUAGGAUUGGCGUUGCGAUUCGAUCUUUUUAUCUACUAUCAUAAGAAGGGCAUUCAAAAGGCACAAGCUGAGAAGAGCGAGUCGAUUGUGAAGCCGCAAUAUCAAGCCGCAGUUGGUUCAUGGGGCGAACGCUUUUGGGCGCCGACAAUCCCAUCGCGAGAGCCCGAACUUCAGCCUCCCUACCAUGAUGCUCGAUCUUUCCCUAAGCCAUACUUCAAAGCCAGCGUUGUCGGAUACGUCCUUGGGAUGAUUUCCACGUUGCUGGCCAUGCAGUAUUCCAAUCAUGCUCAGCCAGCUCUUCUCUACCUGGUUCCUGGCGUUCUGAUUUCCCUUUCUCCGAACGGGGAAGAGGUAGAGGAAGAGAAGGAUACAGAUGGAGAAUCUACCGAAGAUGCUAAGAAAGACAAGGAUGAAUCGACUCCUGAACACAAGAGUCUGUUCAGUCGAAUUCUCUCCGGGGAUCUGAAAGCCCUAACUGGGGGGUCUUCAUCAAACAAGGUUUCUGAUCCCAAAGGAAAAGAUUCCAAAGAGCAGAGAGACGAAGUUUCCGAGGAUGAAAAUUCCAAGGAAUCCGAUUCCGAAAAGGAAGGGGAAAAGAAGAAGGAGACUGAGAAAGAGAAGGAAGAAGAGAACUUGGAUCUGGUAUCUUUCUCAAUCUCCUUCCCGCGCAAGUCUGCUACCAAGAAGGACUCCCAAAAUGAGAACCCCAAGCCUGAGGAUGGCAUGGUCUUCAUUCCAAGGGUUGAUCAAUGUGAUGAGGAGCCGCCGACCAAGAGAAGGCGAGGAACUCCUCGAAAGAGCUAA